AUGUCAGAGGAUGAAUUAAAGAAGAAAUUAACAGAUGAAGAGUAUUAUGUUACUAGAGAAAAGGGAACAGAAGCACCUUUUAGUGGUAAAUUUUAUGACCAUCAUGAAAAAGGAAUAUACACAUGUAUUUGUUGUGGUAAUGAGUUAUUCAGUUCUAAAACUAAGUAUGAAUCAGGAUCUGGUUGGCCAUCAUUUUAUGACACAGUAAAAGAUAAUAAUAAUAAGUCUUAUGUAGAAGAACAUAGUGAUUCCAGUCAUGGUAUGAAAAGAACAGAAGUCACUUGUUAUAAGUGUGAUGCCCAUCUAGGUCAUGUGUUUCCAGAUGGACCUAGACCAACUGGAUUAAGAUACUGUAUAAAUAGUGCUUCAUUGUCUUUCAAAGCUGAAAAAUGA